CUGUGGUCACUGGCACGGUGGAGAACACAUAUGUGCUUCAGCCUGUGUUCUCUCCGAAAGUUGUCUCGAAUUGGAUCGUUAUUCGUUCGUCCAAGUUGAAUGCCAACUGCAGAAGGAAACUAACAAUUCUUCACUAAAUCUCAUCAUUUCAAAGACAUCGGCAAAGCAGAUUAAUUGCAAGAAACGUAGAAGCUCAAAGGAAAACUUUCGAAUAAUAGGGACUUGAAAGAGAUGUAACGAAUUAGAACGAAUUAGAGUAUUAGACUUCGGUGCAAAGAAUUAAAAGUUAGGGAGUUAAUUGUAAUUGGUGGUGGAGGGACUAUAUGAGUGAUUUACCAUUAAACGGUUGCAUAAUAUCAGUUGAAUAUUUAAAUUCCCUCUUUCAUCUUUCUUCUUUGGAACCUUCCCCAUUCCUCCCUUCUGUCGAGAAUAGAUAGAUCAAUUUCCUUGGGCCAGUUGUGACCAGAGACUUCAUGGUUUGAAGCUCCCUGAAUCACUUUCCGUCCGUUGCUACUCUGCAAGCCUACAGCUCAAAGUCCCAGUCAGUGGUCCAAUUUAGCCGUCCUGAAAAAGGGAAUCAGUCUAUCUCCGGGGAGGAGACUCGGAGUUGGAGAUUCUGGUAAAGCUCUGAGCUUUAUCACGCUGUUACUUACCGAAAGCCAUCGGUGUUCAGAGGGUAAGAAAUUGUACCGCAGCGAAUUUGCCGCUGCUGAUGAAGCUUUUCAGGCAGCUGCUUCCGGCCCGAUUGGCCUGUGAUAGCGCCAUUAAGCGAUUUACAGGGUCUUCUUUCCGUUUCCUCCAUUCUUCUGCUGAUGGGUUUGUCGAAGUUCACUCUCCAGAACACGAAAUUGUGAUUGCUUUGGGAAGUAAUGUUGGUGACAGGGUUCGUAAUUUCAAUGAAGCAUUGCAAAUGAUGAAGAAAUCUGGAAUAAGCAUCACUAGACACGGCUGUCUCUACGAGACUGCGCCUGCUUAUGUCACUGACCAGCCUCGUUUCCUCAACUCUGCAGUUAGAGCCAUCACCAAGCUCGGGCCACACGAGUUGCUGGGAGUGCUCAAGAAGAUUGAGAAGGAGAUGGGUCGAACGAAAGGGAUAAGGUACGGACCGAGGCCAAUAGAUUUGGACAUUCUGUUCUAUGGCAAGUUCAGGGUCAAUUCUGAUGUACUUACCGUCCCUCAUCAGAGAAUUUUUGAGAGACCAUUUGUAAUGGCCCCACUGAUUGAUUUGUUGGGUUCUGAUGUGGAGAGUGAUACAGUUUCUUCGUGGCAUUCCAUGUCAGUACCUUCUGGUGGGUUGUUUGAGUCAUGGGAGAAACUUGGUGGCGAAGGCCUCAUUGGCAGAGAUGGGAUGAAGAGGGUUUUGCCUGUUGGGAAAACCUUGUGGGAUUGGUCUGAGAGAACUUCUGUUAUGGGUGUGGUUAAUUUGACACCUGAUAGUUUCAGUGACGGAGGGAAGUUUGCGUCUGUGGAUGCUGCUGUUUCUCAGGUACAGUCAUUGAUCUCUGAGGGGGUAGAUAUUGUUGAUUUCGGUCCACAAUCGACUAGGCCGAUGGCUGAUAGGAUAUCUACUCAGGAGGAACUCGACAGGCUAAUUCCAGUCCUGGAAGCUGUUUCGAAGAUGCCUGAGAUGACUGGGAAGCUCAUAUCGGUAGAUACUUUCUACUCCGAGGUGGCUUCAGAAGCCAUCAGUAAGGGAGCUCAUAUUGUAAAUGAUGUAUCUGGUGGCCAGUUAGAUGCCAACAUGAAUAAGGUAGUUGCUGACCUUGGUGUUCCUUAUGUCGUGAUGCACAUGAGAGGCGAUCCUACCACGAUGCAGAAUAGUGAGAACCUGGAGUAUGGCGAUGAUGUUUGCGGAGAGGUUGGUCGUGAACUGUACUCUCGAAUCGCAGAUGCAGAAAUGUCUGGUGUCCCAGCAUGGAGGAUCAUUACUGACCCUGGAAUUGGAUUCUCCAAGAACACCACGCAUAAUCUGGAGUUACUCAUGGGUUUGCCGAAGAUUAGAGCAGAACUAGCCAGGAAAAGCUUGGCUAUCUCUCAUGCUCCAUUGUUGAUUGGACCUUCCAGAAAGAGGUUCUUGGGCGACAUUUGCAGCCGGCCUUCUGCUACCGACAGAGAUCCUGCUACUGUUGCUUCCAUCACUGCUGGAGUUUUGGGUGGUGCGAACAUCGUGAGGGUGCAUAAUGUACGAGAUAACGUGGAUGCUGCCAAGCUUUGUGAUGCCAUGCUGAAAUGCCAGAGAUAAGAGAUUUAGUACUGCAUGUUUUCGUGGUGAGAGCAACCUAACACGCUUCUGCGAGUCUCAUCUCUGGGAGAACCACUGUGGCCUCCACCGGUUCAGUCGUGCAGUCGAAUCACGACGGACGUGGAAUGUAAUGCUGAACCACUGAGGUAGAUGUCUCAGCCAUUCCUAUUAUGUUUGAACAAUAGGAAUGGAGAUUUGAACAAUAGGAAUGAAAGCAGUCACUGAUGGAGAUUUGAACAAGUUGAAUGUACGGUUAGGUUGUUUGGCUCAGAAAUAACCGUACUUGAUUCAUAUUGUGUUUGCUCUGCAGAUUUGUUCAAUGGUUAGAGAACCAAUUCGCCUUCCGCUUUUACUGUAUCAAUGAAUUGCUUCAAGGAUU